GCGCGGGCGGCACCUCGGCUCCGGGCCUCGCCCCGCACCUCCCUCAUCCCCUCCCUCGGGCCCGCCCGCGACCGCCCCGCCGGCAGCGGCGCGGAUGGCGGCGGCGGCAGCCCCGGCUCUGUACGCCUGCACCAAGUGCAACCAGCGGUACCCGUUCGAGGAGCUCUCGCAGGGGCAGCAGCUGUGCAAGGAGUGCCGUAUCGCCCAUCCCAUCGUCAAGUGCACCUACUGCCGCUCCGAGUUCCAGCAGGAGAGCAAAACGAACACCAUCUGCAAGAAGUGCGCCCAGAACGUGAAGCAGUUCGGAACGCCCAAGCCUUGUCAGUAUUGUAAUAUUAUUGCAGCAUUUAUUGGCACAAAAUGUCAGCGCUGCACCAACUCUGAAAAGAAGUAUGGCCCACCUCAAACAUGUGAGCAGUGCAAACAGCAGUGUGCUUUUGAUCGAAAAGAGGAGGGAAGAAGGAAGGUCGAUGGAAAGUUGCUGUGUUGGCUCUGCACUCUGUCCUACAAACGAGUGCUACAGAAGACAAAAGAACAGAGGAAGAGUCUAGGAUCUUCACAUUCAAACUCCUCAGCUUCAUCUCUUACUGAGAAAGACCAGCACCAUUCAAAACACCACCACCAUCACCACCACCACCACCGUCACAGCAGUGGUCACCAUAAAAUCAGCAGUCUGAGUCCAGAACAAGAUCAGGGACUAUGGAAACAGAGCCAUAAAUCCUCUGCAGCUAUUCAGAAUGAAACUCCAAAGAAAAAGCCCAAACUGGAAUCCAAGCCAUCAAAUGGAGAUAGUAGCUCUAUAAAUCAGUCAGCAGACAGUGGGGGAACUGACAACUUUGUCCUCAUAAGCCAGCUGAAAGAAGAAGUAAUGUCACUUAAACGCCUUCUGCAGCAAAGAGAUCAGACUAUCCUAGAGAAAGAUAAAAAGUUGACAGAACUGAAAGCAGACUUCCAGUAUCAGGAAUCAAACUUGAGGACAAAGAUGAACAGCAUGGAGAAAGCUCACAAAGAAACUGUGGAACAGUUGCAGGCCAAAAACAGAGAGCUGCUCAAGCAGGUCGCAGCACUGUCCAAGGGUAAAAAGUUUGAUAAGAGCGGCAGUAUACUGACGUCUCCUUGAGGAGGUGGUGAUUCAUGGCUCUGCUCAAUGGGAGUUGAGUAAUUCUGCGAAGCCCUUAAAAUCCUGUGUAGUGGAAGAACUAUUUUUGCACACCAGAUGAGUUGGCAUGUUUCCUACACGUUUUUAUAGUUAAUGUGCAGCUUUUUUUAGUUACCGUUCGGAUAGAACACUUCAACUGGCUUGAAGAAUGUUUUUUAUUUUUUUUAUAUUGGAAACUUUUUGCCAGCAAUAGUAUUAAAAAAUUGUGUAGAGAACGUAGCAGUGUUCUCUCUAAAAGGACAACAUGCAAUAACAAACUAGGUGUACUUUUUACGAAGCAGCAACGGAUGUUUUUAAGCUAUAGUGAUGUCAGCCAAAUGUUUAUGAGUCUCCAGUUACAAUGAAUGCUGGUUUCUGGCAACUGUUCUUUUACUUUGUAUCAAAAAAUAAAUUUAGGGCGGAAAUCAUGGUGCUCAAGUGAAACUGAAAAAAGGCUUAUAUGUAUUUGUAAAUACAGCUGUAACGGUUAUAUUCUUAGUUAUAACAGUUAAUUAGUGUUUUACAUUCUUGUGAUAGGGAUUUACAGAAAGACUAUCUAUUGUACAGUAACAGAGGCAGUGUGGUUUUUGUAAGAUUUACUGUAGAUUUUUCUUGCAAGUGCCUUUCUCCAACUGUUUAUUUAUAGGAAUGUUGGUAUUUUGUACAUAAGGUUUUUAUGUUUUAAAAUCAUGUUUAAUAAAUGUUUUAUGUAAAUAUAAAUGUGUGUACAGAGGAGUCGGAAUCAAAGAUCAAAGUGCAGCGCUUGGAGCAGCAAUGAAAUUAGCUCAUAGACAGGCAGCGAGUCUUGGCUUUAGAUAACCUUUGUAGCUUGUCUGUGAGGUGUGGAGUUUUGGUAGUGCUGCUCAUGCCAAACACUUCCCAAACAAACAAACAAAGAAAUGCUUUUUUGCCACACCGAAGUUUGGUGGUUUGUUUGUAUAUUUUUCCAUUUGACACAGCGCUGGUUUUAAGUCCUUAGCAGACGUUGUACCCCCUAUGUUGCAGCCUUCAUUAGAGAGACACACUCAAAUUUAAAGUAAAUAUACUUGUGCACAUUCACCAUUGUCUGAAUUAAUUAGUUACUUAGUUGUCACUUUUGAUUACUCUUAAUGAAUUGCGAGGUUCUCAUCCCCUGGUAAAGAUGCACAGCAUGAAAAUAGUAGCCAAAACGAAUGGCCUUGAAGUUAAGGGAGUGGAUAUGGUGUCAGAAGGAGGGUUUGGGGUAGAUUUUGGUUCUAAAUGACAUCAGUUUAGGUUUAGCUUUGCUCUUAAUGGAUAUCAGUCAUGUUCAGGAAUUUCUAUUCAAUGUAGCCUCGUAUGCCCUGCUGUCUCUGGUCAGGAAGGUGAGCUACAGCUCAGCAUAAAGUGCAGCAGGCUUAGGUGAGUGAAGGCUUAGCUCAGCUCUGGGUACAGCUUGGUACAGGGUAACUGCUUGUAUUCCAGUAGGCUUCUUGUGUACAAUAAACUACAGGCUUCCAAAUAAAUGAACCAAAAUGUAACCUUACUUGGCUGUCCACCUGCCUGUGAAACCUCUCAGUCAUUGGAGCAAGUUCCAGCAGUGACAGACUACUGAAUAAUUUGAAAAACUGUGCUAGCUUGUUUCAUACGGUGUGUGUUUUUAUACAUUUGUACAUUGAUAUCAACUUUGUAUGUUUAGAAAUGCUCCUUCAUUAAAAUUGUUAAACUAGGGUAGAGAAUUCUGCUAUCCUUUUGGGAUAUUUGUCUUUUCUCCUUUGUAAGAUACAAAUUUAUGACUUUCACUAAUUCAGAGUAAUAUUUUGAUACUGUUGCUUUUUUUCCCCACUUGAAUGGUGACCCAUAUUCAGUGAAAUUGGUUUUAAAACACAACCACACAGAAGUUCUAAAAAAGCUCCAAAAUGCCCACUGAAUCCCAUAACAUCCUGUCCUGAAGCUGUGGAUUAUUAACAGAGUAAACUGAUGUUUAAACGUGGAUCUGCAAGGAGAUUGUUGUAACAUAUUAUGGUUUCCAGCCUGUUCUCAGAUGCUGAUUAUCUCUGACCAGUAAUGGCCAUUUUGGAUCAAGCUGUUGAUAUCUUUCAAGCCUGCAAAUAUUGCAGCCCCCUCUUGGAUGCUGCAUCUGAAUACAUGCUCUGCAGUGAAGCUAUUCAGCUGUCCUCAUGUAUAGACCAUUAAAACACUGUACUGGCACACAUCUGACUGCUGACAUUUUGUACCUUUUCUAAAUCCAAUGUUUCACAAUAAAAUCUUGUCAAAACGUGAA